AUGGAGGUGGAGCCUCAAGAAGCCGGACUUUCAUGUCACGAUGGAGUGAUACUGCUUCAUGACGAGCCUAUAGUAGUAACAAAGACCGAAGAUGCGGGAACCGAGGAUGCGGGAACCGAAGAUGUGGGAACUGAAGGAGUAGAACCUCAAGAAGCAGAAUGCCGGUUGACAGGUCAGAUAAGGGGUCUGUAUCGACUAGACUCGCGCCUUGAAGAAUACGUUUUGGGGUGUUGGAAUAAUGGCAUGUUGACAGUCGUAUAUUUCGACAACGAAAACGAAAGACGUUCAUAUUGGUUUAAUUUGUUGUAUUCCGAUGAUGACGAGGGGCGGUUGCUGGUUAGUCAAUUGAGUACAAACAAGUUAGUGGUGGCCAGUUCAUGUGGAGAUAGCAAAGUCUGUGUGUUAAGUCGAGGGUCGCCAGAGGCCGAGUUUAAGUUGCAUGGCGAGUAUUGUAUACCGAUGUGCGACGAGGUAAUGGAGGAGCCGAACAUUGAAGGCAUCACGCGCAAGACGGAAACAUUGGUCGAGCUGGUGGCUGCCGACCGGGCAUUCCGAAUUUGGGAAGAGAUCGACCUGGACAAACUGGUCUGUCUGAGCAGAAAAAAGACCCAAAUCGGUCCCAUCAAUGACGGAGCCAACAAUGACGGAGCCGAGAGCUCGGACGACCUCGAACAACCAUUCACAUCAAGCGCUCAACCAACAAAUAUCCAGGAAGAUGAAGACCAGUAUGAAGACCAGUACGGAGAUGAGGAUUACCAUAGGGAUGAGGACUACCAUAGGGAUGAGGACUACCAUAGGGAUGAGGAUUACCACAGGGAUGAGGACUACUUCCCGGAGGAUAAAGACCUGGUGGAUAACGACGACCGGAAGAAUCGGUUAGACGAACAAGCGGGCCUGCAGGCGCCCCCCUAUCCCUCCCCCUUCUCCGCCAAGUCUUCGUUCACUUUCGGCUCCGCUUCUUCUUCCCCUGCCGCUCCAACUGCUAAUGCUCCCAAGCCUGACUGGCCAACCUGA